ACACAGAUGCUUGGACCCAGUCACAAGAGGAGGAGGUCAGGACACAGAUGCUGGGACCCAGUCACUAGAGGAGGUAGGGACAGGGAUGCUGUGACCCAGUCACAAGAGGUGGAGGUCGGGACACAGAUGCUGGGACCCAGUCACAAGAGGAGAAGGUCAGGGCACAGAUGCUGGGACCCAGUCACAAGAGGAGGAGGUCAGAGCACAGAUGCUGGGACCCAGUCACAAGAGGAGGAGGUCAGGACACAGAUGCUGGGACCCAGUCACAAGAGGAGGAGGUCAGAGCACAGAUGCUGGGACCCAGUCACAAGAGGAGGAGGUCAGAGCACAGAUGCUAGGACCCAGUCACAAGAAGAGAUGGACCGGACACUGUCGCAGUCCCAAGAAGCAGACAGGCAAUCCCAGGAACACCAGCCCAUUUUGUUGCUCACAAACAGUAUUGAUGAUAGUGACAUAGAAACAUCCGUAUGGUGGAGAAGGCUGAGCUGCGAGGCAAGCAGAUCACAAGGUGUUUUGGGGGUGUGUUUCCAGCACCAUCCAGCAGCUGAUCUAGCAGUCAUCACCCACCAGUUGCUGCACAACAAGGUGUUAGCAGUCCAAGACUGGUCUGUGUUCUGGCAGCAGAUUCGGAUGAACAGCAAUGUAAAAGGGGAAGGGACCAGCAGGCCUUAAGACGUAUGUAUGAAGGUCUGCCAGGCAAUUAUAGAUUACUUGUAGAUAUUGACAGAAUUGUUUUCCCAGGAUCUAUAUGUAUACAAUGUACCUUUAUUUAAGUUUUGCUAAUUUUAAUUCAAUUUUAUUUUCAGAAUCUUGCACAGAGUUAAACACUUCAACAGACACCUGAGCAUUGGCAUUCAUAUGAUCUACCUGUGAAGUUCAACCAGGCUUUAUAAAGCAUUACACACAAGGCAGCUAUGAUACACUGUGUUGUAAUUGGCCAAAAAUGCAGAUUGGUAACACCAGUCACCUAAGCCACCAUUGCCAUUGCAGACAAGAGUGUGAAGUAAUAGCCCCUACAGUUUACAGCAAAGCCCUCGACUGUAGCCCUACAAACUUCAGAUACUGCCGAUGGCGUAGAUGCACUGAACUUUGCCAGUUUUUCAGCUAUGUUGAAUUGACAUCUCCAACUGAUUUUAAGAGCCAGGAUUGAUAUCAGACUGCUUGACAGCACGGACCUCUUUCUUGGGUGGAUGGAUUCAGAGAUGACCUACAGAUGCAGCCAUGACUGUGGCACAUGAAUGUUAUAGAUGAUGACUGUAAAGAAAUGAUGAUAGCAGAAAAAUGAAACUAUCUUAAUAUGGUUUUCUGGAAUUAAAUUAGCAGACAAAGUAUUCAUAUUUCUGUGGAAAAAUAAUGUCAUAGCUGAAAUAUGUUUUGCAAAUUCAAAAUGGUAAUGUUUUUCUCAUAUUUUAUGCUGGCAUCACAAAUAUUAUCAUUGGCUCUGUAUACGGUAAUCUCUCACUUCAAAACAUAACUAAUUGGACUAUUUGAAGAUUAAAUCUUCAUUAUUUUUAUUUAAUAUAAAAUGCUAUGCUGGUUUUACUGUCUUAAAUAAUUGUCACAGGACAUGUGUUGAUUGUAUUGAAUACAUUAAUAAAAUAUAUUAAAUUUGCAUUAAGUCA